AUGGCGCUGUCCUGGAGGAGCUGGCUGGCCAACGAGGGGAGCAAGCACCUCUUCCUGUUUUUCUGGCUCUCCCUCAAUGUAUGGCUCUUCGGGAAAACCUUCCUGCUUUAUAAUCAAGGGCUACAAUAUUAUUAUUUGCAUCAGAUGUUAGGGCUAGGAUUGUGUGUUAGCAGAGCUUCGGCAUCUGUCCUCAAUCUCAACUGCUGCCUGGUCCUGCUCCCGAUGUGCCGUGUUCUCUUGGCCUUCCUGCGGGGAUCCCAGAAGGUUGCCAGCAAGAAAACCAGAAGGCUGCUAGAUAAAAGUAAAACUUUCCAUGUGACAUGUGGUGUUACAAUAUGCAUCUUUUCAGUCUUACAUGUUGCUGCUCAUCUGGUGAAUGCUCUUAACUUCUCUGAGAACUACAGUGAAGAAUUUGUGACCCUAAAUGCAGCAAACUAUCGUGGUGAGGACCCGAGGAAACUACUUUUUGCAACUGUUCCAGGUCUGACUGGAGUCAUUAUGGUGUUAGUAUUAUUCCUAAUGUGUACAGCUUCCACAUAUGCCAUCAGGGUUUCAAACUAUGACAUCUUCUGGUAUACACACAACCUUUUCUUUGUCUUCUAUAUGCUGCUGAUGCUGCAUGUUUCUGGGGGAGUGCUCAAGUAUCAAACCAACUUAGAGGAACACCCUCCUGGUUGCUUUAAUCCUAACAAAACGCUCCGACAGAAUCUGACUGUGCCAAAGGCUUUUGAAGAGCUGUUUCCUGACUAUACUACAGAGCCUUUCCCAGAGGACCUACCAGUACCAGAACCCUUUGUACAAAAUAGCUUUAUGAGAGUUUGUUCCGAGGAACCCAAGUUCCAGUCGCACUUCCCAGAGACCUGGUUCUGGAUUUCUGGACCUCUGUGCCUGUACUGUGUGGAGCGGCUGUACCGCUACAUCCGCAGCAACAAACCAGUCACAAUCACCUCAGUAAUAAGCCACCCCUCCAAUGUCCUUGAAGUCAGGAUGGUGAAAGAUGACUUUGAAGCAAGGCCUGGUCAGUAUGUUAUUCUCCACUGUCCAAGAGUGUCUGCCCUGGAAAGCCAUCCAUUCACUCUUACAAUGUGCCCUACAGAUACCAAAGCAACGUUUGGGGUCCACCUAAAAGUAGUAGGAGACUGGACAGAAAGAUUUCGGGAUUUACUGCUUCUGCAUUCAAAUCAAGAUACAGAGAUUCUGCCCAUCUUUCAGCAGAGACGCUAUCCCAAAGUGUAUGUGGAUGGACCUUUUGGAAGUCCCUUUGAGGAGUCCCUGAACUACGAGGUCAGCCUCUGCGUGGCUGGAGGUAUUGGGGUUACACCAUUUGCAUCUGUGCUCAACACACUGCUUGACGGCUGGAAAUGCUACAAGCUCAGAAGACUGUACUUCAUUUGGGUGUGCAGGGACAUUGAGUCUUUCCACUGGUUUGCAGAUCUGCUCUGUAUGUUGCAUAACAAGCUUUGGCAGGAGAAUCGGCCAGACUAUAUAAAUAUCCAGCUGUACCUCAGUCAAACAGAUGGAAUACAGAAAAUAAUUGGUGAAAAAUAUCAAGCUUUAAACUCCAGGCUUUUGAUUGGACGACCCCGGUGGAAGCUCCUGUUUGAUGACAUAGCAAAGUGCAAUAGGAGGAAGACCAUUGGAGUUUUCUGCUGUGGACCAAACAAAAUCUCCAAGAUACUUCAUAAACUGAGCAACAGCAGCAACUCUUAUGGGACAAGGUUUGAGUACAAUAAAGAAUCCUUCAGCUGAAAGUCUGUUGGAGCAAGA